UCGGUGUCGUGGUGUCUGUCUCUCUGUGUCUGUCUCUCUGUGUCGUGCUGUCUGUCUCUCUGUGUCGUGGUGGAGACGGACCGGAAGUGACAGCAGCAGGACUUCCCUUUGACUUCCCUGUGUAGCUCAGUCCUUCUGGAGACAGCUGGAGGAAAGUCCUCCGUGUGUCCCGACAUGUCCACAGCCUACAGGAACAGAAUACAGGAGUUCAAAGUCGCUUUGAGUGAAGAACACAUUGACCUGAAGACUCUGAGGGAGCUCUGCUUCAAUGGAAUCCCAUUUGAAGGAGGAAUACGAGCACUUUGCUGGAAGAUCCUUCUUAAUUACCUCCCCCUCGAUCAGACGAUGUGGGAGUCGGUCCUCAAGAAGCAGAGGGACGUCUACUCCCAGUUCUUAAAGGAGAUGAUCAUCCAGCCUGGUAUCGCCAAAGCCAACUUGGGCCUUUCCAGAGAGGACGUGACCAUGGAGGAUCAUCCUCUAAAUCCAAACCCCGACAGCAGGUGGAAUAACUACUUCAAAGAUAAUGAGAUUCUGCUCCAGAUCGACAAGGAUGUAAGGCGUCUGUACCCAGACAUGGCGUUUUUCCAGCGACCCACCGACUACCCCUGCCAGCUGAUCCUGGAUCCUCAGAACGAGUACGAGACGCUGCGGCGCCGGGUGGAGCAGACCACCCUGAAGGCCCAGACCGUGAACCGCAACCGCAGCGGAGUCACCAAUGUCAGCUCUCCUGGGAAGUCCUUUAACCUGUAUCCGUCUAAUGAGUACGAGGUGCUGCCCAAUGGGAGCGAGGCCCACUGGGAGGUGGUGGAGCGGAUCCUCUUCAUCUACGCCAAACUCAACCCCGGGAUCGCCUACGUGCAGGGCAUGAAUGAGAUCGUCGGGCCCAUUUACUACACCUUCGCCACGGAUCCGAACAGUCAGUGGAACGAGCACGCCGAGGCCGACACCUUCUUCUGCUUCACCAAUCUGAUGUCAGAGAACAGAGACAACUUCAUCAAGAGCCUGGACGACUCGCAGUGCGGCAUCACCUACAAGAUGGAGAGCGUGUACUCCAUGCUCAAAGAGAGAGACCUGGAGCUCUAUCACAAGCUGGAAGAGCAGAACAUCAAACCUCAGUACUUCACUUUCCGCUGGCUGACCCUGUUGUUGUCUCAGGAGUUUCUCCUGCCGGACGUCAUCCGCAUCUGGGACAGCCUGUUCUCUGACGAGGGCCGAUUCCACUUCCUCCUCCUGGUCUGCUGCGCCAUGCUCAUACUCAUCAGAGACAAUCUGCUGGCAGGAGACUUCACAGUCAAUAUGAGAUUACUGCAGGAUUACCCCAUCUCAGACGUCCACACCAUCUUGACGAAGGCCAAAGAUCUGCAGGAGAACUCCUAACCGGUUCCCUCUGGUCCUCGUGCCUCCUCUCAGAUGUGGUAGGUGGGAGCUGGAGCGUUAGAACUUUGUCACGUCAGACGUGUCGUGAGAGGACUUGAUCAGUGACGACAGAUGCUCCCUGCUUUAACUCGAUGUGUGGUUAGCAGGGGCCGCUGUGGAAACCUGGAGGACUUGUUGAAAUUAAACUAUUGCUUCUUCAAAAGGAGCAGGAGAUGCCACCUUCUUCUUGAUGCGUUAUGGGUAAAGGUUGCCUUGGUACGCGGGGGUCGUCCUCUCGCAGCCUCCUCUCCCACAGAAAGCUGUCGAGACCCCUCACUGAACAUCUGAGGGAGAGGGAGCCGCGCUCACUGAUGUUUGAACUGAAGCCGGGAACGGACCAGACUCCUGCUGCCAUCAUGUUUCUGUCCGACUGAGUGUUGAACUGGGUUUAACAGUGCAUGUUUGUUCUCAUUUUUAACAGCUGAACCUUUUUAAUGUAAGGAACAUGUUUGCCUUAUCAGUUUACCAACGUGAAACAGGAAACCGUGUUUCUGGCUAAAUAUGAGUAAAUAAGAAGUGAUGGGUCUGUUGCAUAACUAUGUCUGAAAAUCCUUAUUGUCUGAGUGUUAUGUCUCUAACAUGAGAGAAGUUAUGGAUGAUCAGUGUCUGUGUGAAACUGAGGCCCAGAGGAGGCAGAGGCCACGUUUCCAGGGAAAAUUAAGUAUUUCUCAUUUCUAGAAUUUUAUAAUAAUUUUUGUAAACCAUCCUGAGCAGUGAGGCAGGGCAUGGAAGGCUCAUGAUUUUUCCUUUCCUGCGCCAGAAGAUUGGAUCAUCUGAAUAUUAACACGCUGUUGAAACGCUGGACAGUCUUCACAUGUACCUCAAAAGCAGUUUGUAUUCCAGCUGUAGCCAUCAACAAGUGACUGGAGAUUUGCAUUUCAGGAUAAUUAGAGCUAAGUACAUUUAACGGAGACACAUUCUGCUCAUACACAGGUAUGAACUAAGGUUUAAACGACACACAGCCAUGUGUCCAGUUUGUUUUGAACUCUGUGGAUCCUUCGUUGCUCGGGAGUGGAAGGACGUGUUGGAAGGAGCCUCUGAAAUGGGACAAUGUGGUCGCACCAUCAUGAAUGCAGCCUCUGGAGGAUACUGCUCCUGAAGUGAGACACGGCUGUUGUGUACAGAAGUAUUCAGACUCUUCCACUGUUGUGUUCAGGUUCAUUGUGUUUGCGUUACUCAUCCUUCAGAUGAUCCAGAGUUUAACCAGAGUCACAGCUCCUGUGGUGACACGGAGGAGAGGACCCUCUCUGGAGCUGAGCAUGUCCAGGAUCAGCAUCGUGUCACUGGAAGGAAACAGAAAUCCUCUGAUUCUAGCUCCCAGCUUAUAAGAUGAUAAAUACAGAAGAUCAGUCUCUCUGUUAAAAUUAGUUUCCACAGCUAACUAUUUACUUAAAUAACGUUUCUUUUCUUUUCCUUGAUUGUCCUAUAUUCUAAAUUCUUAAAAUCUUCUGUCUUCACUCAUUAAAACUUUAUUCUCAUCACAUUACGACUUUAUUCUUGAGUUUUCUGAUUAUCUGUUCCUCCACAUGACGCUGAGGCUCCAUCGAUCCUCAGUCACUGGGACGUGGAAGAAGUUCCAGACGAGCUUCUGUAAAAAGAUCUUUUAGAGUUCAUCUUCAAUCAGGGCUGAAGUCCACAAUGUUCACUUUCAAAUGACAAACACACGUUUGAGCAUUUGAAAGUUAUUUUUUAUAUUUUUGAGGGAGUGUUUAGAAUUGACAUUAUUCCUCAUGUUCCUCUUUGCUCUGUGUAUUUAUUUCUUUCUGAGGGUUAUAAUAUUCUGUCUUAUGCUAUUUGCAUGGUUCCAGUUUUGUAAACACAUUUUGUAAUGUCUCCAGUGUUCAGACUUGUAUGUUUUUACAUGUCUGCAUUCAAAUUAAAGAUUGUACAAAUCAAAA